AUGACCAAGUUAUGCGACUUGCUGGGCUCUCGAUCCGAGGUGAUGUUUGAGUGCAUGUACACCAAGCACAAGACACAGAAGCGUAAGAUAUGGCAGGAUGGGUUCGUGAGACUGCACGCCUCGCGCAAACUUGUCGUAUAUGCCGACGACGAGGGGGCGGCUGGAAAAGCCAUCGAUGACACCAAGUUGACUGCCGUGGAGUGGGAUUGCAAGGACGAGGAGUACAUCGAGACGUCCAAGUUCCUAGUUGAAAUUGUCAAUGAGGCACCCGUCGCCUCAGCGGCCUCCAACCAAACGGGUCGACACGCUUUCGAGAACAAAGCACCGCGACUUCCGACAAGCUCUUCCGAUUCCAAGUUUCGGACACCACUCAAUCGUGGCCUGCAGCAGAAGGUUAGAUCUGGAGCAAUAGAUCGAGUUGAGCACCCGAACGGUCGCCACGCAGCUGCACCAAGCAGUGCGCCAUCUGCAGCUCCGAUAUCUGCGGCAGUAGCACCAUCUUCCGAUCCGUGCUUUGACUUUGUCCGUAACCCGACGUCUGAGUGGACGUACGUCGCCAAUGCUAUCAGCCGCACUCCGGAUGAAGUGCUUGCGUUGCUGGAAAAGUGA